AUGUUCAUCUUAUGUAUGGUGAUUGUGGGUGCUUCUGCCUUCAUCAUUCAGCCUGAGGAACAAACAGUGGCUGUAAGAAAUUGCCAAUUUCGUGGCAAGCAUUUCAAAAAGUACUUCAGGGUGGAAGAGGAGCCUGUGGUCCUGAGAUGCCCCCAUGAGGAGUCUUGGUUGUGGACUAGUCCCCACACCAACAUAAUGUGGCAUAAAAAUGACUCUGGUAGGAUAAUUCCAGGGGAAGACACGCGCAUGUGGGUCCAGGACAGGGCUCUCUGGAUUUUGCCAGCCUUGCAGAGGGAUUCUGGCACUUAUGUAUGCACUAUAAGAAAUGCCUCCUACUGUGAUGAAAUGUCCAUUGAGCUCAGGGUUUUUGAGAAUAUAAAAGCUUCUCUGCCAUUCAUCUCUUACCUACAAAUUCUAACCUUGUCAACCUCAGGAUUAUUAGUUUGCCCGGAGCUGAGUAAAUUCACCCGUAACAAAACUGACUUGAAUAUUCAAUGGUACAAGGAUUCUACUCCUCUGGAUCAAGACAAUGAAAAGUUUCUAAGCUUGAGGGGAACUACUCGCUUGUUCAUACACAAUGUGUCUGUGGAGGAUGCAGGCUAUUACAGUUGUGGCAUGACAUUUUCCCAUAAUGGCACUCAAUAUAAUGUCACAAGGAACAUUAACGUGCGUGUGAAUAAAAAAGAAGAGGAGCCAAUUCCGGUGAUUGUGUCUCAUCACCAGACCAUAUUAGCUUCACUGGGGUCAAAACUGACAAUCCCAUGUAAGGUGUUCCUGGGAGUUGGCAAAAAAUCAACCUCCAUUGUGUGGUGGACGGCCAAUGACACCAACAUAGACAGUGCCUAUCCAAGUGGCCGAGUGACUGAGGGGCCAGACAAGGAAUAUUCAGAAAAUAAUGAGAACUAUAUUGAAGUGCCAUUGGUUUUUGAUCCAGUCGCAAGAGAGGAUUUGAACACAGAUUUUAAAUGUUCUGUCACUAAUAAAAAGAUUUUUCGGACACUACGUACCAGGGUCAAAGAAGCCUCCUCUACCUUCUCCUGGGAGAUUGCACUUGCUCCCCUCUCACUGGUCUUCUUGGUUUUUGGAGGAAUCUGCAUGCACAGAUGGUGUAAACACAGAACUGAAAAAGCGUAUGGCUUGACCAUGAUAAAGACCGACCAUGAAGAUUUUUAA